CUUGUGUGGUGACACUCCGCACCACAUAUUACUGUGCCUAUGUAGGGCGGUAAUGGUGGUGGAAGUCCUGGUCUAGGGGAUUGAUCGAUUUCUAGUCCCUCGACUAAUAAACUCUCUCAACUUCUCUCUUCUUAACACCAUAUCCUCCUCCUCCCUCUCUCAUCCCGUCCCUCGACCCUCUCCAGCCCACCUUUUCUUCCUUUCUCUGUCCUGACUACGGUCCAUCGCCCAUUGAUCACCAUGGAGGCUCUCCUACGUCAGUCUAGCUCUAUGUGCCCGUUCCUCUCCAAGACCUCGCCCGCCACCCUCCGCUCUCUGUCCACGACCGCUUCGAACCAUGCUGUCUCUCCCGGUGCGGGUAGCAUGUCCAGCCUCCAGGUUCUCGGGCGCCGCUGCCCCAUAAUGGGCAAGGCUCUCGCCGUGCAGAGUGCCCGCUCUGGCAACAGCGCUCUCGCUGGUGCUUUCGGCGGCAUGCGCGCUUACCACACUCGUGUGAACCGGGCUAAGUUGCAUACUUCCACUUCGAAGGAGGCGCAGGCUGUUGAUAUCGAGAAAAUCCGGGCCAAACAAGUUCCGUUUCCUCAUGCUGCUAAGCAGGCUAUCAAUGCCAAACCUACGACUCCCGUCGGCGCUCCGCCAAUCCCAUCUGCUGCGAAGUUCGAUUAUGAGGGCUUUUACGAGUCCGAAUUGGACAAGAAGCACAAGGAUAAAUCGUACCGUUACUUCAAUAACAUCAAUCGCUUGGCUAAGGAAUUUCCCCGCGCUCACAUGGCUUCCAAGGACGAGAAGGUCACCGUCUGGUGCUCCAACGACUACCUCGGAAUGGGCCGUAACCCGCAAGUUUUGAAGUCGAUGCACGAGACUUUGGAUAACUAUGGUGCUGGUGCCGGAGGAACCCGCAAUAUUUCUGGACAUAACCAGCACGCUGUAGGCCUUGAAGGCACUAUUGCGAAACUCCAUGCAAAGGAAGCCGCUCUGGUUUUCUCUUCCUGCUAUGUCGCUAACGAUGCUACCCUCGCGACUUUGGGAAGCAAAUUGCCCAACUGCGUCAUUCUUUCCGAUAGCCUCAAUCAUGCCUCCAUGAUUCAGGGUAUCCGACACUCUGGUGCUAAGAAGAUGGUGUUCAAGCACAAUGACGUUGCUGACCUCGAGGCUAAGCUCGCCUCGAUCCCUCCCGAGUAUCCCAAGAUUAUUGCGUUUGAGAGUGUUUACAGCAUGUGUGGCUCGAUUGGUCCCAUUGAGGAAAUUUGUGACUUGGCUGAGAAGUACGGAGCCAUCACUUUCCUCGAUGAAGUCCAUGCUGUCGGCAUGUACGGACCGCACGGAGCAGGUGUUGCUGAGCAUCUUGACUACGACGCCCACAAGGCUGGAAAGCCCCAGGGUACUAUCAUGGACCGUAUUGACAUCAUCACUGGAACUCUUGGUAAAGCGUAUGGCUGCGUCGGUGGCUACAUUGCUGGCUCCGCCAAGAUGGUCGAUGCCAUUAGAUCCCUUGCGCCAGGCUUCAUCUUCACGACCUCUCUUCCUCCUGCCACCAUGGCUGGCGCAAAGACUGCCAUUGAGUACCAGGCUAACUACCAAGGCGAUCGCCGCCUUCAGCAAUUGCACACUCGUGCCGUGAAGGACUCUUUGAACGCGAAGAACAUUCCCGUCAUUCCCAAUCCUAGCCACAUCAUCCCAGUUUUGGUAGGCAACGCAGAGGUAGCCAAGCAGGCUAGUGAUCUCCUCCUUGAGAAUUGGGGCAUCUACGUUCAAGCUAUCAACUAUCCCACCGUCCCAGUUGGCCAAGAGCGACUUCGCGUGACUCCAACUCCUGGUCAUACUCGCGAGUAUCGCGAGCACCUCGUUGAGGCGUUUGACAGCGUCUGGAACCAGCUCGGCAUCAAGCGCACCAGUGAGUGGGCUGCCGAGGGCGGCUUCAUUGGUGUUGGAGAGCCUGGAAAGGAAGCAGAGGCUGCUCCCCUCUGGACCGACAAGCAGCUAGAGGUGGACGAGGUUCUCAAAGAAAUGAAGGCAGGCGGAGGCGCUGUUGGCGUUCUCGAGUCUAUCCUUGAGAAGGAGCACCAGGCUACAGCCAAAGCUGUGAGCGCCGCAGCUUAGCUGCCAACUUAACUACCUAAGGUAUAUCUGGUAAAUAUACUCUCUCGAUAGCUUGGAUGGUCUGUUCGCUCCUUCAUAUUGAGACCUCGGAAAACGGCCUAUAUAUAAACAACCAAUUAAACCAAUUCACGGCACUGUUGUCUGUCGUCGAUC